AUUAUCUCUAGUAGCAGUACAAGAGAAAGAGCAUUAGAAAUGGAACAGUUUUUUGCUCUGUUUACCAUUUUUCUAUCUUUUGCUUUCCCCGGGAGAUGCAGCGACGUUUUCAGCAGAUCUGAUUUCCCCGAGGGAUUCCUCUUCGGAGCUGGCACUUCUGCUUAUCAGUGGGAAGGAGCUGCUGCGGAAGAUGGAAGGAAACCUAGCGUGUGGGACACUCUUUGUUACUCUCGUAACAUUGGUAACGGAGAUGUAACAUGUGAUGGGUAUCACAAGUAUAAGGAAGAUGUGAAGCUGAUGGUAGACACUAACUUAGAUGCCUUCAGAUUCUCUAUAUCUUGGUCUAGGCUAAUACCUAAUGGAAGAGGCUCUGUUAACCAAAAGGGUCUACAGUUCUACAAGAACCUCAUCAGCGAAUUAAUAACCCAUGGGAUUGAACCACAUGUUACACUGUAUCACUACGAUCAUCCUCAGUAUCUUGAGGAUGAAUAUGGAGGAUGGGUCAACAAUAUGAUGAUCAAAGACUUCACUGCUUAUGUAGAUGUUUGUUUCAGAGAGUUUGGGAACUAUGUCAAAUUCUGGACCACUAUCAAUGAGGCUAAUGUAUUUACUAUUGGAGGUUACAACGAUGGGGAUACACCGCCUGGUCGUUGUUCUUUACCGGGCAAAAACUGCUUGUUAGGGAACUCUUCUACUGAAACAUAUAUUGUAGGCCAUAACUUACUUCUUGCGCACGCCUCUGCUUCAAGACUAUAUAAGCAAAAGUACAAGGAUAAGCAGGGUGGUUCCAUAGGCUUUGGCUUAUAUUUAAUGGGGUUGACUCCUUCUACAAGCUCCAAGGAUGAUGCCAUUGCAACUCAAAGAGCCAAAGAUUUCUAUUUCGGUUGGUUCCUUGGACCUCUUAUAUUUGGAGACUAUCCAGAUACAAUGAAAAGAACCAUUGGAUCAAGACUGCCAGUUUUCUCAGAGGAAGAAUCAGAACAAGUUAAAGGCUCAUCUGACUUCAUAGGAAUCAAUCAUUAGUUUGCGGCUUCUGUCACAAACAUCAAAUUCAAACCUUCUAUUUCUGGAAACCCGGACUUCUACUCAGACAUGGGCGCAUAUGUGACUUACCUUGGGAAUUUUUCAGUUAUAGAGUAUCCUGUUGCUCCGUGGACUAUGGAAGCUGUCCUAGAGUAUAUAAAGCAGAGCUAUGACAAUCCUCCUGUCUACAUUCUUGAGAAUGGUACACCGAUGACGCAACACAAGGAUACACAUAGGGUGGAAUACAUGAAUGCUUACAUUGGUGGUGUGCUCAAAUCCAUAAGGAAUGGAUCAGACACUAGAGGCUAUUUUGUAUGGUCAUUUAUGGAUUUAUUCGAGCUUAUAGGGCGGUACGAUUAUGGUUAUGGAUUGUACUCUGUAAAUUUCAGUGAUCCACAUCGCAAGAGAUCUCCUAGACUCUCUGCUCAUUGGUACUCUGAUUUUCUCAAGGGCAAAACUUCUUUUCUUGAUUCCAAAGGCAUCAAGGAAUUGCAGAGCAACUUCUCUUCUUCCUCUUAGUACUGUGAUGAAAUAACUCUUAUGUUCUACUGAAUUUAGACUACUUGUCAUGAGAGCCACUUCUUUUUUUCUAUAAAUUCUAAAUUAAACUA